CAGUAUCAUCCAGUAUGCCCCGCGCUGUAGCGAAGAUCGGGAAUACCGUCCUUGCCGAGACGGAUACUUGGGAGACAGUCGAGGGGAACGUCUACUUUCCCCGUUCGUCGCUGAAAGACGGCACAGGGACCUUUCGCCUGAUAGAAUCUGAUUCAUCGACUUUCUGUCCCUGGAAGGGGGCUGCGUCGUAUUAUGAUAUUUCUCUCCAGGAGACCGGCACCGUCAUAUCUGACGUCGUGUGGUAUUACGCAGAGCCGUCCGAGGCAGCGCGGAAGAUCAAGGACCAUGUCGCUUUCUAUAAGACCAAGGUCGAGGUUGUCGUUGAGUAGAGCCGGACUGGUGUGCGGUCAAGAUAGGACGGAUGGCUUUUUGCAGUGUGGAUAUGGGGAUUUGAGAGCAAUUGCUGCUGUUUCGUUGGAGAGUUGGAGGGUGAAGCUAAGUAGGCGCCUUUGAUAACUUAGUUAUAAGAGCUAUCUAGAUUCAACAACUUCAGGGCUUCGCUAGCCACAAGUUUUUCCCAUAGGACGUACGGCGCGCAUCCCAGCC